UGUUGGCUCAGGGUGGCCGCUGCCCGUUUUUUUCGUGUGCCCUGGGAGCCUCGGCGAGGGGGACGGGGCUCCGCGCUGAACAUGAGUACCAUCUGGAACAAGGUGUGGGGCGAGGACUGGCAGGACGGACGCCUCCCGGACGAGGUCAAGGGCAAGGGCAAGGGCAAGGACGGCAAGGAUGGCAAGGGCAAGGACAAGGGCAAGGGUCCCCACGCGAACCAUUACUACAUCGACGGCAAGAUCUACGACUUCAGCGAGUGGAGGUACAUCCACCCUGGCGGUUCGCGCUUUUUCGACGUGGCCUACCAGCGCGACAUCUCUGCGGCCGUCCACGCUUAUCACAGGGACCCAGACAAGCUGAAGCCUCUCUUGGCGAAGUACGAGACCACGAUCGAUGAGGACAACCCCCGUGAUAUCCUGGCGAAGCAUAUGAACGCGCCGGUGUUCAUCCUUCCGCCAGAUUUCGAUGCACAGCGUGACGUGCCAACUUACGACUGGGACAAGGGGUUCAUGAAGGCACUCCGCAAGAAGCUAAACACGCCAGAGAUGUUGCAGAAGAUCCGCAGGGCCGACGCCGCCUUCGAGGUGGUAACUUACUGCAUUAUGGCGUUCCACCUCUUCGUCUGCUUUCCGGCCCUGUACCUCAGCAUCUUCCCCUGGUGGCUCUGGGUUGCGCUGCAGGUCGCGACGCGCACGGCACUGGCGGGCAUCGGGCACUACCACUGCCACAGGGCUAAGGACGACAAGGCGGACUGGGCAGAGGGGCUGUUCGACAUCCAGUACGUCGGGGCGUCGUGCGUCCUGGCCGACGGCCAUGUCAUGCUCCACCACCUGUACACGGAGACGCCCGCCGACGUCAAGCGUACUGUUUUCAAUUACAUGAUCACGCUUCCUCGGCUCUGGCGCAUACCAAUAUUCACAGCGCAGAAAUUCGGAGAGUUCUUCACCGGGCAUCUGCUGCGCUUCGGCGCCCAUUGGGACCCCAUGAAGCCGCUCCUCGAGAGACUGCGCAAGGGGAACCGGUUGAUGCGUCUGUACAUGAAUUCGGAGCUCUUCUGGGCGGCGCUCUGCGGGAAGCUGCACUGGUGGCUUUUGCAGUUCGCCGUCACCAUGUGGUCCAGCAUGUUCCAAAUCGUGUCUUCGCACGACUUCGAGGUGGUGCGGGAGGAACAGGAAUACAGAGAUCUCGAUUGGGGCGUCUUCCAGGUCCAGCACGCCCUGGACACGUACGUCACUGGCAUUCCACACGUGGACAUUUUCCUCACAGCUGGUCUCGGGUGCCACAGGGCCCACCACGUGCUCCCGUACCAGAAGUCUGGCUUCGCCAACAUCGCCUCCGAGCCUGCCUUGAGGGAGACGUGCAAGGAGUUUGGUGUGGAAUGGGCCCCGGCCCGGAACUUGCUCCUGGACCGCUUCCUGCCGCUGAUGUUCCACUACUGGACGGCGCCCGCCCAGAUCCCAGCGGCCCCCAAGCCCAUCCUCAUCGGCGGGGCGGGCCUCGGCGGCUUCGUCCGCGAGCACCUGCAGCCCGAGCUCCUGGUCAAGGCGCUGGGGGACGUCUGCCGCGGCUUCACGGGUGCGUCCAUCUGAGCCUGCGCGCGCUCGCGCCCGUGCGCUCGCCCUGCCAGCACCCUCACCGGGAUGUCUGGAUCACCUCACUGCCUUUCCUUCGUCCGCCACGCCCUCCCCGCCGUCCCCGUGGCCCGAGUCGGGCAGGGCGCUCCUGCCCGCCUGGGCGGAGCUCACACAUGUGCCCUGGGGCCUGUGGCCGGGCGUCUGGCACGCAGGGCCAGGCGUUCUGGUUUCGCGGCCUGCGCUUGGCGCAGGUCGCCUCCGGGCGCAACGGUCUUAGGUCUCUUCAUGCCUUCAGUCUUCAGCCGCCUCCUCUUCUCUCGCACCUAUCUCGUCCAUUCUUCCUCUCCCCUCCUCUUCCCCUCGAGCCCCAUGCCCCCCUGUUUCUUCUCGAAGCUCGUCGAGCAAACCAGCCUGGGGGCCGUAUGCGCCCCCAGCCCGCUUGCCGCGAUAGUACGCGUGUGGCGCAGGUGGUGCUGUGACGAAAAUGUGCGAGGGGG